AGCAGAGCCAGGGAAGCUGCUUCAGAAGCACUUGCAUUCUCCAACCUCUGAUCUCCUAGAGUGAUCGUUCAAAAUGAGCAAGAUCAUUGUUUUUACCGAAGAGGGCUUUGAGGGCAGAAACGCUGAAUUCAAGAACGAUGUCCACAACUUAGAAGAAAAGGGCUUCGGCAAUGUCAUCUCAUCUAUAAAAGUCAUUGGCUCAGCAUGGGUUGCAUACUAUGACAAGAACUUUGCUGGGGAGCAAUGCAUAUUGGAGGAAGGAGAGUACCCGAAGCUUGGACACAAGUUUUCUUCCCUCAAGAUGGUCACAGAAGACCUGGACAACCCUAAGAUCGAGCUGUUUGAGCAUGUGAACUAUGCAGGAAGACGGGUGACCAUACGUAAAGAAACCAAUCUUCAUGACAUUGAUUUUUCUUACAUAGCUUCUUCCCACAAAGUGAAAGGUGGUGUCUGGGUGCUCUACGAAUGUCCCAAUCGUCAGGGUCGGCAGGUUAUUUCUUUUCCUGGGGAUGAAGUUCCCAGCUAUCUACCAAUCGAUUUCAACGACAAGGCCAGCUAUGUGCGUCCCUUGAUUCCCAGGCCAUAGACAGCAUCAUUUAAAGUAUACUUUCUGCAGCUCAAUAUGAACUGGAAACCUUUUGGAAAGAAUGAGGCAGGUGGUGGGGAAUGACUGAUCUUGACAGGAAACAAUGAUACAGCUACGCUGUGAUAUAUACUGCAUCUCAAGAAACUUCAUGCGAUCAGACUCAACCUUAUGGAGGAUAUAUGUGUAAAGACAUAUUGCACAUGUUAAUUUGGCAACCGUAACACAAAACAAGUUGCUGGUUGUUUUGACUUUUCAUCUAUAGUCAUCUGUGUCAGUACACAUGAUGCAAUAAAAUACAGCUUUGGAGUUGUUAUGUAUCGUACUACAGAUCCUACUGAAUUUGUAUGUUAUUCCCCUGUUGAUUGAGAGUAAAAUAUGGAAAAAAGGGUUUUUGGUUUUAUAUUGUGCGGAGCAAGAAAAUGAAUGCUGUUCAGUCUGUCAACUCAGAAAAUAAAGACUUUUUUU